ACCUGAUACCCAGUAUCCUAGAAAGCUGCUCAGAAAUGAAGGGAGCAUUGACUAUGUCCUCGAUGUUUGCCUGUACCUCAAUAUUCUCACUGCCCCAUCGGUCCAGUCCCACCCUGUGCCCCAAUUUUUAUCCCAAGACCCCCAACCGAACCGUACCGUCCCCUCUCUUUCCUUCGUUUCUGCACAAACCAACCCCUCUGUCACGCUGUUGCUACCCUUCUUGACUUACACCGUGAGGACACGGUAUCAGUCAUCCGUAACCGACCUGCCAGAUCUACAAAGAGAAAACAAUGCCUUGGUUCGGACGCGAGAUCGAACAGCUGCAAGCGGCUACUGAGGAAGAGGGAUCACAUGAGCCGUCCAUGUCACGGUCCGCGUCCGAGGAGGGGGUUGAUGAUGGUGAAAAUGGUGCAUCUGAGAUGAGCCAUGAUGGUGGCGAUGAUGAUGAGGACCGCCGGGCAGUGGAAACGCGCUUGCGUAAGAGAAGGAGGGUCACGGAGGGUGAGGGGGCGGAUGGGGUUGUCCGGAAUGGGAGUGUGUCUCAGGAACAACAACAACAACAACAACAACAACAACAACAACAACAACAACAACAACUGAGUGUGAACGGGAAUGGCGAGGUUCAGGCGCAGGAACCGAGUGGCAGCAGCGUUCCGUUCUUCAAGGCUGGCUUGCCGGAACCGGACGAUAAGACGGAGAAUGACUGCUUUUUCGAGGGUUGUGUGACGAGAGCGGGGGGUAACCAGUAUUUCAUGAAACACCUUAUGGAUAAGCAUGGCCUCAUCAAAGGCGAUCAAGGCAGACCAGAAGGCGGCAGGCGCAAAGCGCCCAAGUACCUGACGCUCUGCCUGACCGACUGGCCUUGGAUAUACGGUUCCAGCUCCUCUUGCGGCGCCUGUGGUGACAUCAGCGGCCUGACGGCAGUCCUUGGCGAGCGUGAGCACGAAGGCCCCGCCAUCUGCUCCUUCUGCUGGAGUUAUUUUGUCACUCGCCGCGACCUGGUCACGCACAUCAGCGAGGGUCCUUGCAAGAGCAACGAGAUGUUUACCCGCAAACUCGCCCUCAUCCGACACAUGUACACCGAAAGUCUGCGCAAGCCAGGAGCCGAAGAGAUCUCGCGCGCUGCAGAAGAUCAGCGACAGGCGCACGCCGAGGCCGAAAGGUUGGCCAGGGCUGAGAGGUGGCAGAUUGAGCACCAACUGCAGCUGCAAGCUCAGGAUCAUCUCCGGCAGCUACAAGCGCAGCAGGCUGCGCGACAAGCCCAGCAAGCCCAACAACAACCAACUGCCCCGGCAGCAGAGACAUCCCAAACCACAGCUACUCCCGCCCACGUCCACACUCAGCCUUCUCCUCCGCCGCCAUCAAACCAAUUCACCAGCCAAGAGUUCGCUCCAGCUCAGCCCCCAGCAGCUUCCAUGGGCGGCGGCACAUCAUUCGCCCCCGACCCUUCUCCAAGCGCGGCCGGCCUGACGCACGCGCCGGUGGACUACGCCGUGCCCUCGGCUACGGCAGAAUCACUGGCGCGAAGCAUCGAGCGGAUGACCAGCAUAAUCAGCGACCUCACGGCGACAAACUCCCAGCUCAUGCAGGAUAUGAGGGUGCGGGAUCAGAAGAUAUCCCAGCACGACCUGCAGAUCAAGGCGAGAGAGGAGCGAAUAGUGGCUCUCGCAGGGAAGAGAAGCGUCGAGCCUUGGGGUUCGAGUUGGUAGAGAUUUCCUUAAACAACAGCUUGAUACCCAUAUUUCUGAUUGCAUUUCGGACUAAGAUAACUCGAAUAUACUGGGGUGUGGUAAUUCAAGUCGUUGCUUCGGCAUCUUUGAUGUGCAGAGAUGAAUGCGAAUAAGGCACAAUUGAAUGGAAUGCACGCUUUACUGGUGAGAAACGCAC